AUGUCCAACAUGAUGUUCCUGACGGCCAUAAGCGUUUUGUAUUUGCCCCUUUUACUGUUCGAGGCCUUCGUCUCGUCCAAAGGAAAGUACGAGCGCGCCGUUGUCCCGAGCUCCGUGUCCCGCCUGGUGGCCAGGAUGGACGGGGACGUCAUAAUCGGCGCCUUGUUUUCUGUGCACCACCAACCGUCGGCUGAGAAGGUGGCAGAGAGGAAAUGUGGAGAGGUGCGUGAGCAGUACGGCAUCCAGCGGGUGGAGGCCAUGUUCCACACCCUGGACCGGAUCAACUCGGACCCCAACCUGUUACCGAACAUCACCCUGGGCUGUGAGAUCAGGGACUCCUGCUGGCACUCCUCUGUAGCUCUGGAGCAGAGCAUCGAGUUCAUACGAGACUCCCUCAUCUCCAUCCGGGACGACUCUGAGGGCUCCAAGUGGUGCAUCGAAGGGGGGCCCUCCAGUCAGCCGCCGCCAACCAAGAAGCCCAUUGUGGGGGUCAUCGGCCCGGGCUCCAGCUCUGUCGCCAUUCAAGUCCAAAACCUGCUGCAGCUCUUCAACAUCCCACAGAUCGCCUACUCUGCGACCAGCAUCGACCUCAGCGACAAGACGCUGUUCAAGUACUUCCUUAGGGUCGUCCCCUCCGACACCCUUCAAGCCCGAGCUCUGCUGGACAUAGUCAAACGAUACAACUGGACCUACGUGUCUGCAGUUCACACGGAGGGUAACUACGGUGAGAGCGGGAUGGAGGUGUUCAAGGAGCUCGCCUCACAAGAUGGUCUCUGCAUCGCUCAUUCUGACAAGAUCUACAGCAACGCCGGCGAGAAGCACUUCGACAGGCUGCUGCGGAAGCUGCGCGAGCGUCUUCCUAAAGCCAGGGUCGUCGUCUGCUUCUGUGAGGGCAUGACAGUUCGAGGCCUGCUCAUGGCCAUGAGGCGGCUCGGGGUCGCCGGAGAGUUCCUCCUAAUUGGCAGUGACGGCUGGGCGGACCGGGUGGAGGUGGUGGAGGGUUACGAGCACGAGGCCGUGGGAGGCAUCACCGUGAAGCUGCACUCUGAAGAGGUCUCCUCCUUCGACAAUUACUUCCUGAAGCUCAAACUCGGCACGAACACCCGCAAUCCGUGGUUCCCCGAGUUCUGGCAGCACCGCUUCCAGUGCCGCCUUCCCGGACACCCCCAGGAGAACUUGAACUAUGCACGCAACUGCUCAGGUUAUGAAAGUCUGGAGGACAACUAUGUCCAAGACAGCAAGAUGGGCUUUGUCAUCAACGCCAUCUACGCCAUGGCCCACGGUCUGCACGACAUGCACUCCGAUCUCUGCCCUGACCACGUGGGGCUCUGUGAGGACAUGAAACCGGUGGACGGAAGCCACUUGUUGGACUUUCUUCUCAAGACGUCCUUCACAGGUGUGUCUGGGGAAGACAUAUGGUUUGACGAGAAUGGAGACUCUCCAGGAAGGUAUGAGAUUAUGAACUUUCAGCGCAUCGAGCCUGGCGUUUACGACUACAUUAACAUCGGCUCCUGGCACGAGAGCGUUCUGAGCGUUGAUGACGACAUGAUGCAGAUGAACCGCAGUGACAUGGUCCGCUCAGUCUGCAGCGAGCCCUGCUCCAGAGGAGAGAUCAAGGUCAUCAGGAAGGGAGAGGUGAGCUGCUGCUGGAUCUGCACGUCCUGCAAAGACAACGAGUUCGUCCAGGACGAGUUCACGUGUAAAGCCUGUGAGCUGGGCUGGUGGCCCGACAGGGAACUGGAAGGUUGUGAGCCAAUUCCCCUGAACUACCUGGAGUGGAGCAACCCAGAGUCCAUCAUCCAAGUGGUCUUCUCCUGCCUGGGCAUCCUGGUGACGUCAUUUGUGGCCUUUGUAUUCGUCUUGUACCGGGACACACCUGUGGUGAAGUCCUCCAGCCGGGAGCUUUGUUAUAUCAUACUGGCAGGGAUCUUCCUGGGAUAUCUGUGUCCUUUCACCCUCAUUGCGCGACCAACCGUGGCCUCCUGCUACCUUCAGAGGCUUCUCGUCGGACUCUCAGCUGCCAUGUGCUACUCCGCCCUCGUGACCAAAACCAAUCGCAUCGCCCGCAUCCUGGCAGGCAGCAAGAAGAAGAUAUGCACCAGGAAGCCCAGGUUCAUGAGUGCUUGGGCUCAGAUGGUCAUCGCCUCCAUCCUGAUCAGUCUCCAGCUUACGUUGGAAGUUACCCUGAUCAUCAUGGAACCCCCUGAACCGAUAAAAUCCUACCCCAGCAUCAGAGAGGUCUUCUUGAUCUGCAACACCAGCAACCUAGGUGUCGUAGCUCCACUCGGCUUCAACGGUCUACUCAUCAUGAGCUGCACCUACUACGCCUUCAAAACCCGCAACGUUCCUGCCAACUUCAACGAGGCCAAGUACAUCGCUUUCACCAUGUACACGACGUGCAUCAUCUGGCUCGCCUUUGUGCCAAUCUACUUCGGCAGCAACUACAAGAUCAUCACCACGUCCUUCUCCGUGAGCCUCAGCGUGACCGUUGCUCUGGGGUGCAUGUUCACGCCAAAGAUGUACAUCAUCAUUGCUAAACCGGAGCGAAACGUGCGCAGUGCGUUCACCACCUCCGACGCUGUGCGCAUGCACGUCGGAGACGGCAAAAUGGCCUGCCGAAGCAACAGCCUGCUGAACAUGUUCAAGAGGAAGAAGAACACUGAAAAUGGAAGUUCUAAUGGAAAGUCUGUGUCAUGGUCUGAACCAGGUGCAAGACAUCCUCCGAAAGGGGAUCACAUGUGGCACAGACUGUCAGUGCACGUGAAGAGACAGGAAGCAGGUUCCAAUCAGAUGGCUGUCAUCAAACCCUUAACUAACACCUACCAAAGCUCAGCCCGGGAGUUCUCAGACCUCAGCACCAAGACUUUGUACAACGUGGCUGAGGAGGAUGAAAGUGAGCCUCUCAAUUACAACUCCCCUGCCUCACCCCCCAUGAUGGCCCAUGGGCAAAUGCCGGCCCGCGGGCAGAUAAAAGAUGUGGGCGAGGAGGUUGAGAUCUAUUCCCCCAAGCUUCUCCAACAGAAUAGCAUCGUCCCUCAACAUGGCGUCACUGAACACCUCCAGGAAGAGGUGGCUUUAAACAACAGUGGCAUCCCUGAGUUCAGCAUCCCUCAGGCUGUGAGCAGUGGCAUGCCGGUGUAUCACCAGGCUCACCUCAUCCAGCAGGACCCGGUCCUGCCUGUCCAUCUCGACCCAUUUGACGAUGAGCCAUUAGAUGAGGAAGAGGAGGAGAAUGAGCAGUUUGGCCUUCUCCAGGGCUGCAGGUACAACAAUGCCCAGGUUCAUGACGAGGGUAACUUGGUUGACGUCAAACUUGCAAUGGAGGCCUCUGUUGCUCUGAUGCCCCCCUCCCCUUUUCGUGAUUGCACUGGAUCUCCGGUGAGUCCGUUCCCCAACUCACCGGUGUCCGAGUCAAUCCUGUGCACCCCUCCAAACGUGACAUACGCCUCCGUCAUCUUCAGAGACUUCAAGCAGAGCUCAUCGACUCUGUGA